GAUAGCAGGUUACAAGCGCGGCAGGAGAGGAUCCGCCACUAGGUUAGUAACGGCUCCCCGAAAGUUAUCGAUAUCGCAAAACCGCACGCCGCCACGGAUCGCAGAGGAGGGUUUUGUUUGAAGAACGACGUCCCUCUGCUUACUCGAAACCUUCGAGAGGAGAGCCGAACAAGCGAGUGUUUGUGUGUGUCGGGGAGAGGGGAUCGGAGAUCGAAUGGAGCACGGCCUCCUCCCCCAUCGUCUACGAGCCGAACAUGGCUCUCUCCUCGCCUCAUCGUUUCCCGCCGCGUCCCUCGCCGCAGGCCGGAAGCGCCACUACUUUCCAUCCUUGUCUUCCGUCAAGAUUCAAAAUCAGUUUCAUUCCAUGUCGUCUCUUGUUUUAGGGGCCUCUAGCACAAUAAGAUGUGAAGCAACUGAAGCAAGUGUUUACAGAGAAACUGUUGAAACUAUAAAUUUGGACUGGGAUAAUCUUGGAUUUGGACUGGUGCCCACUGAUCAUAUGUACAUUUCCAAAUGUUCCCAGGAUGGAAUAUUUACAAAAGGUGAAUUGCUUCGUUAUGGGCCCAUUGAAUUGAGUCCAUCAUCUGGAGUAUUAAAUUAUGGGCAGGGACUUUUUGAAGGUUUAAAAGCAUACAAGAAGGAAGAUGGAUCUAUUCUACUUUUUCGACCCCAUGAAAAUGCCUUGCGAAUGAGAAUGGGUGCAGAGAGGAUGUGCAUGCCUUCGCCAGCAGUUGAGCAAUUUGUUGAUGCCGUGAAGCUCACUGUUUUGGCAAAUAAACGCUGGGUACCACCUACAGGUAAAGGUUCCUUGUAUAUUAGACCACUCCUUUUUGGGAGUGGUACUGUUCUUGGUCUUGCACCAGCUCCUGAGUACACCUUUCUUAUAUUUGUCUCACCUGUUGGGAACUAUUUUAAGGAGGGCUUAGCUCCAAUAAACUUGGUAGUUGAAAAUGAGUUUCACCGUGCAGCCCCAGGUGGAACUGGAGGCGUAAAGACUAUCGGAAAUUAUGCAUCGGUCCUGAAAGCACAAAAGAGAGCUAAAGAGAAUGGCUACUCUGAUGUUUUGUAUCUUGACUCUGUUCAUAAGAAGUAUCUGGAGGAAGUUUCAUCUUGUAAUAUUUUUGUCGUGAAGAACAAAAUCAUUUCAACACCAGAAAUAAAAGGAACAAUAUUGCCAGGCAUUACAAGGAAAAGUAUAAUUGAUGUUGCUCGUGGUCAAGGCUAUCAGGUCGAGGAGCGUCUUGUGUCAGUGGAAGAACUGCUUGAUGCUGAUGAAGUUUUUUGUACGGGAACAGCAGUUGUUGUUUCUCCUGUGGGAAGUAUAACAUAUUUGGGAAGAAAGGUUGAGUACAAGAACAACGGAAUCGGGGUUGUGUCUCAACAGGUCUACUCUUCACUUACCAGUUUACAGAUGGGCCUUACAGAGGACAAGAUGGGUUGGACAAUGAAGUUAAACUAGGAGCUUCAUAGUGACUUCAAAGAAUAAAUGCAUUGCCCUCAUCUGUAACCAGUUUAGUUCGACUCUUUGCAGUUGUUGGAACACUCAUGACCGAGAUACAUAUUAAAUUUAUCGACCGAGUAGUAUUAUUUUGCUGUA